AUGCCUGUGUAUAUAAAAGUGUACUGCGGGCAGUCUGAGGGCCAUGGAGAGAAAGUGUCCCGUUACACCCUGUUCUUAAAACUGAAAGGGGUGAUUAGAGUAAGCGUACACAACAGUGUUUUCCAGUGUGGUACUUGCACUGGUACCGGCCAGCGCAGGCUUCUGUUAUAA